CAACAACUUUCUAUGCCAUUUUCCACACAAACUGGCCAGCUGAAGUUGCCCGUAUAACCAUGCCCAAUACCUCACCAACUUGUAAGCCGGCGCGUCAACACACCGCUAGUUUCAAUCUCAAGGCCGCAUUGAUCUGAAUGGUUGACAUUGCUAAUAGCCUACUUUCACAAUUUCCUAAUCCUGAACAUCCAUACAUAGCUAACGGUAUUGCUUCUAAAUGGAAAGCAUGUCAAGCAUGGAAUUUAUAUUAUCUUUCAGAGAAAAUCAAUAACACAUUGAAAUUUCGUCUUGGUAAAAAACACUCUGAUCAUAUUCAAUGGGAACCAUACUGUCCUGUAGUUUAUGCUACCAUUAAUGAAUUUAAUGAUUGGAUCAAUGAUGAUGUAAAGGAUGUGAAUAAUCCCCUUGCGAAAUAUCCUAAAGAAUUAUGGUGGGCUUAUGCAGAUUACAUAUAUAUGUCCCAGUCGGAUAAAUUUCAAGCAUUAAUCAAUGAUUUAUCCUUUCAGGAAUUAUUUCCAUUUUUACCAGAUCAUAUGAUCAAACCAACAUUUUGGCUUGGAUCUUGUAAAGCGCAUACUAUCUGUCAUCGUGAUACAUACGGUGUUAAUUUAGUUGUACAAAUCCACGGUACAAAACGUUGGCUAUUAUUCCCUCCAUCAGAUAAUCCGUAUAUGUAUGAAAGUCGAAUCCCGCUAGAAGAAUCAACUGUAUUUAGUAAAGUAAAUUUCCCAUUGCCAAACUUUAAAAAAUAUCCUCUUUUGACAAAAACAACACCUUAUUGUGUAACACUACAUCCAGGAGACAUACUUUAUGUUCCAAGGCAUUGGUGGCAUUUUGUUGAAUCCACCGCCACCUCCUCGAAUUACACAUGUUCAGUGAAUUUAUGGAUCGAUCAACCUUCUCUAGAUAAUAGAAUACGUUUUAAAGAAGGACUUACUCAGCUAGUUGGUUUUUCAUUAUUAUCGAAUUAUUGUAAUAGGUCUGUUAUCUCUAAAGAUGUUCUACACCCCACUGAAUUAAAAGCUUUUGAAACAGAAUCAUGGUUUAGAGAAUUACUCGAUCAAUUACGAUUAAUUUUUUGUGCUGAAAAUUCUUCCAAAUUAUGUAAUGGAAAGGAGGAAGAAGGAGAGAAAGAAGAAGAGGAAGAGGAAAAAGGUGUGAAACGGUCAAAAAUUUGUCCAACUAUCGAUUGGAAGCCUUUAGUAUCAGAAAAGUUAGAUAAUUUAUUUCCAUAUUCAAAGGAAAUGAAAGAAACGGAAGCAGAUAACUUCCCAUCCUCCAACAACACGACUAUAAAUCGACUUUCUAUUGAACAGAUUCUUAAUGCAUUUAUGAAACCAGAUGUUAUUGAUUUAGUUGCUAAACACUUAGAAAAUGAUGUUAUCGAAUGAAUGAAUGAAUAAAAAACAUCAAUAAAAAUGUAUUAUUUU